UCAUUAGAAGUAUGGGAAACCGAAAUCAAAAUGUUCAUUAUUUGUGCAAUUUUGUUAUCAGUUACAUUACAAUAUAAUGUAUAUUCUAGGGAGUUAGGUCAAAAGCAUCUGUACUCUCUGGAGGAGGCUCCAACACUUUUCGAACAGUUUAUAAAAGAUUACAAUAAAGAGUAUGAUGAGAGCGAGAAGGAAGAAAGGUUUAAAAUAUUUGUGAACAAUUUAAAGGAUAUUAACGCUAUGAACGAGAGGAGUUCGAAUGCUGUUUACGGUAUCAAUAAGUUUUCGGAUCUGAGCAAAGAAGAAUUCAUAAAAUAUUAUACUGGUCUGAAACGAGAGGAGAGUCCAUCGAAUGAGGAUCAUAAAAAAACUGAUUUGCCAGAAUCAUUUAAUGUUACUGCACCGGAUCAAUUUGAUUGGCGAAAGAAAGGAGUUGUCAGCAGCAUUAAAAAUCAAAAACAUUGUGGUUCAUGCUGGGCAUUUAGUGCAGCUGCUAAUGUCGAAAGUAUACAUGCUAUAAAGACUGGUAAGCUCAUAGACGUGUCUGAGCAACAACUACUGGACUGUGAUAAAUAUGAUUCGGGAUGUUCAGGAGGACUCCCAUGGGAUGCUUUGAGAUAUUUCGUCGCUAAUGGUGCAAUGUCUUUGAAGUCUUAUCCUUACGUUGCUAAAGAAGGAAAAUGCCGUUAUGAUAGCAGUAAAGUUGAAAUAAGAUUAAAGGGCUAUAAAAUCUUCAGCAAAAUAUCGGAAGACCAAAUUAAGGAACAUCUUUACAAUAUCGGACCGUUGAGCAUAGCUAUUGAUGUAUCACCCAUUAAGCCGUAUGUAGGGGGGAUUGUUAUGGAAGAGUGUCAUGAAGUCUGUCAGGUCAAUCACGCAGUUCUUUUGGUAGGAUACGGAAAAGAAUACUCCGUUGAAUACUGGAUCGUCAAAAAUUCUUGGGGUCCCAAUUGGGGGGAAAAUGGUUAUUUUAGGAUGGAGAGGGGAGUGAAUUGCUUAUUGUUAACUUCAACCGGAAUUACAACAGCUGUUAUAUAAAACAAGGAAAAGUAUUGAAUGUUUACAAUUCAUUAUUUUUUAUUAUUAUUCUUUUUUUCACCGAUUUCAGGUCCAUUUGUAGUUUGAAAUAGAUCAACAUAUAAAAUUA